AUGGUGCUUCGAGUCGCUCACGACGAGCUCAGACUCCGCCCACGCAGGGCGAGCCAUGGGCUGGCGGGCACGCAGGGGGCUGCUACGCUUUCCCUUGGUGUAGUAGUGGAUGGUGUGGGGAUCCUUUUCAGUCCGAAGUCCGAAGUCAAUACCGUUGCACAUUCUCUUCGGGUUUCUGUGGUUGGCAUCCUGCUGGUCUUUCGCGAAGGCAGGCCAGCGGACCUGGAAUCCGGUCUUAGGCUGGUCGCCAUUUUUGUCAAUCCAGAAGCACUUGGGCUGGUAGUCCUUCCCGUUGUUCGGAUACAUGUGGCUGUGGUACCAUUGACCUCCACAGGCAUGGCCAUAGUCACCGGACACGGCGUACUUGUUGCCACCGCGGUCAUCGCUCCAGGUCGUGGUUACCCACGCAACGCAGAUGGCAUCGUCGUUGGCCGAGAACAGGGUGUACACACCCUGGUUAUCGUGGUCAACGUCGACUGUGCCUAG